AUGGCGUUAGCCUAUGCAGCAGCCAGGCUAGUCCACCCAUGCAUUAGCAUGGGCAUGGUGUCCAAGCAGCACCCAAGAACACCGCCGCCGUCCUCCUGCUGCCUACACCUCCACCACAUCUUCUACCUUAGGCCCGUCGCCAGCAGCCACCACUUGGCGCGCCACUCCGUCGACGUCACCAAGGACGACAAGCCGCUUGAGCCGCCGGCGCCGGCGCCGGCUGCAGAGACAGAGAGGGAGAGCACGCAUCAGCAGGAGGACGAGGACGGCGGGCCAAAGCUGGACCCGAGGCGGUUCGAGGAGAAGUUCGCGGUGCUGAACACGGGGGUCCACGAGUGCCGGUCCUGCGGGUACCGCUACGACCAGACGGCGGGGGACCCGUCGUACCCGGUGCCGCCGGGCCUCCCCUUCAUGCAGCUGCCCGACGACUGGCGGUGCCCCACCUGCGGCGUCGCGCGGUCCUUCUUCGAGAGCAAGAGCGUGGAGAUCGCCGGGUUCGCGCAGAACCAGCAGUUCGGGCUGGGCGGUAACUCCCUCACCUCCGGCCAGAAGGGCCUGCUCAUCUACGACAGCCUCCUCAUCGGCUUCCUCUUCUUCAUCUCCGGCUACUUCCUGCAAUGAGGACGCCAACAACGACUCUUUCUGAUCUGAUCUGCUUUCCGUUUGUGUGAAUAGAAU